CUCCUUGUGAUUGUGAACUUGGCGUGUAAUAUGUGAGAAGUGAUAUCGUGUGUUAUGAGUAUAGGUUGAUCAUCAUGACCGUUCUGCUCGUUUUGGGACUUUUCGUUGUGAUAGUCACAGCGCACAACAUAACGUUCCUGGAAGUCCCUAAAUACGGCGACCCGCGCCGGGACGUGAACCUGAACUGCCACUACGUGAACGAGAAGGACGACCCCGACCUCCACUCGGUCAAAUGGUACCGGGGGAACCAUGAGAUCUUCAGAUAUACUCCCGGCCAACAGCCCUCGACCAGGAUAUUCAACACCACGACCACUGGAGUCACCAGGAGUUCCUGCAACCAGCACAGCUGCGCCAUCUACGUGGCUCUUCCGAAAACCAUCAACACGAGGAUAUCCUUCACUUGUGAGGUGUCCACUGAAGGGCCGAGGUUCGCGGUGGUGAAGCAGAUGAAGAAUUUGACUGUGGCAGUCACGCUGAAAGACGACCCAGUGAUCUCUGGAGUACCAGGGAGCGUGCAAAUGGGCGAAGAUCUGACUCUCAACUGCACCACGACGCCGGCCAACCCGCCAGCCAACCUGGCUUGGUUCAUUGACGGGAAGCCAGAAAGGAUAGAACCUUGGAUGUUGAACUACACCCAAGUGUCAGCUCCUGACGAGUCAGGACUCCGGUACAGUUGGCGAUCAGUCAGGGUCCGAGUGAACACGAUACGGGGCUAUAUGGGACUGAGGUGUGAGGCCACGCAGCCAACAUGGCCGCCGUUCGUGCGCUCCACGAACGCGACUAUUAUUGUAGCGAGGUCUCCGCAUUUAUCUUCGUAUUUAUCAGCUUCUGGUGAGUAA